GAAGCGUCACGGGUGUAGCAGUACCGCCAUUUCACUUUUCAUUCAUUGGCGUCGAGGCCUACAUCAUUUAGUGGGAUACAUAGAGCUUCAUCAUGGUGAAAAUUUUUAUUGGCAACCUUGCCUGCAACACUACACCGGAGGAACUGCGCGAACUCUUCGAAAAGUACGGUAAAAUCUCAGAAUGUGACAUUGUCAAAAACUAUGGUUUUGUGCACAUGAACAGCAUAUCUGAAGCAGAGGAGGCCAUUAAAAACCUCCACCAGCACCAGCUGCACGGCUGGCGCAUGAAUGUGGAGAUCAGCAAAGGGAGGCCCAAGUCCACCACCAAGCUGCAUGUCAGCAACCUUGGUGAAGGGGUCAACAGUGAAGUCCUGCGGGGCAAGUUUCAGGAGUUCGGCACGGUAGUGGAGUGUGAUAUAGUGAAGGACUUCGCCUUUGUUCACAUGGAGAGAAUGGAAGAUGCCAUGGAUGCCAUCAAUAAGCUGGACAACACAGCCUUUAAAGGCAAGCUGAUGAGCGUACAGCUGUCCACCAGUCGGCUUCGCACUGCCCCAGGAAUGGGAGAUCAUACUGGCUGCUAUGUCUGCGGGAAACAUGGUCACUGGUCGAAAGACUGUCCAGUCGGUCGCAACGGUAGCCACAGUGACGACAUGAGAGGUCGCAGCGGCCGGGCCAACCUACGCAGUCCCCUGGGUUAUGGCAGGGGCAGCUACCAGAUGGCCAGUCCUCCAUCAACUGAUUACAUGGGCGCCACUGCGUAUAGUCGGGCUAGUUACGUAGGUGGGUUGCAGCCUCCCCCACGUAGGCUUAGCAGUUAUGGCUCUGAGCUGGGGGAUCGCUACGGCAGCAGAGCAGCAGGCUCCUAUGCUGAGAGGUCAUCAGCUUAUGAUCGUGACCGUCUCUAUAGCAGUGUUGACUAUUAUGAGAAGUACAGAGCUCGCCCUUAUGGCUCAAGUUAUUUCGAGGAUCGUCGCAUGUCCUAUCUCCCCCCUCCCCCACCUCCCUCUUCCUCCCUCUCAAAGCUCUCCUCCAGUAUAGAUCCAUAUGACCGUCGGCCGCUGCCUCCACCAAUAUCGGCUGCUGCAGCCGCCGCAUACUAUGCACGAGACCGCAGCCCCAUCAGACGAGUACCAGUCUCCUCAGCAGGCUACUCAUAUGAGCGAACACGGCUGUCACCGGUGUCUUCCUCCAGGAGCUCUUACCCCGCUCCACGACCCAAGGAUCAUUACACGUCACGCUAUACGCCUUACUAAAGCCAUGGUGCCAAGGUCUGUUUGUGAAUUGCAGGACUUCUCCCUUGCCGUCAUUUCUUCAGGCUUCGUGAUUCCAUCAGUCUGCGUGAUGUACAGCAAAGCAAAAUGUAUGAGAUGCAGACACUCUAGAUGGAAGUCGCGUUGGCAUCUUUUAAGGUGCCAGUGGCCUGCAGACGAAUUGUCCUUAUAGUCACAUUCACAUAAUCUAUUUUCAAUAAGGAUGAUUUUCAAACUACACUGUUUGACAUUUACAAUGUAUAAAACUCUUCUCACUCGCGCCGCAGAUUUUCAGCUCAGUUUUCAAGAGGUCCUUCUUUUUCCUAACCUGUGUUUCUUCCUCACAUUAAGCAAAUAGUUAAAUUCAGCACAAGUGAAUUGUCUGGUUUAUGUUAAUGUCAUUUAAAAGAAAUGUUCUUGUUACAUCACUAUGAACAUUUACCUACCAUAUUUUGUUGAAUGGUGGAGGGUUCAACUCACAGUUAAACUGAGUUUUUUAGUGCAGUAGAAUCAUUUCCUGCUCCUCAACACACACACACACAUCUGACAUGUUCUAAGUCUGUUAUAUGGAUGUGGAUGUGGAUAGUGGAUAAAGACUGUUGUCUAGUGUUUGGUGGGAAAGAGUCCACAGAAUAAUUAAUCCAUGCCCAUGAACCUGACUUGGUUGAGGCUUGAUAAGUUAUAGAAUCACACUUUGCGUUGGAAUCUUAAGUUAAGAAAAAAACAUUCCAGCCUCUCGUUAAUCUAAUUUGAAUGUCUACAAAAUAUAAAAUUGCUGAAUUUUAUAACACAUAGUGAGGUGAUCUGAAGUCAGUAAUUAAAGUGUCUUUGAGUGGCACUGAAACAAGAAUGUCGGCUGACGCACAUCUUGUAGUUAAGCAUCAUGACUCUGCUUACUCUUCAGACUUUGCCUUCAGCUGACAACAGAGAAUAACCUCAUGUCUAUUUUUUUGACUUUUUGUUUUGGGUGAAUGUUGAUCGUGAAAAUAAACAUAAAACAGCAUAAGCAGAUACAGAAAUGUGAGGUAAGGACUCAGGGUUUGAGCUGUAUGUCUAAAGGCACUUGUGUUUUUGUUGAAGGUGCCUUUUGUUUGUUUUGCAUAUAGGUGGAUUUGAAGUUUGUAUUUUUCAUACUGUAAAAAUACCAGCAUACAUUAAGCAUCUAAAAUAAAUAAGAUUUUUAAUAAA